AUGGCCUCACAAAACAGACCAUUCGAUCUUUCAAAAUGCGCGCGGCCGAAUAUCCUGAAAUUGCACCCUUACCGUUGUGCCAGAGAUGACUACAAAGACGAUGGGACGAAUAUCCUACUCGACGCCAAUGAGAAUGCCUACGGACCGGGUCUGUUAUUGAAUAAAGAUGGGAGUAUUGAGGGUACCUCAACGACUGCCAAUGUCAAUGGCAGUUUAUCGCCGCAGAUUGACUUUUUGGGAUUGAAUCGGUAUCCCGAUCCCCACCAGAUCGACCUGAAGCAAUUGAUAUGCAACCUCCGAAACACCAAAGUUCACACCCAAAAAGAUCUCAAACCCGAGAACUUGUUCGUCGGCGUCGGCUCCGAUGAGGCAAUCGAUGCCCUGCUACGGUGUUUCUGUGUCCCCGGACAGGACAAAAUCCUCACCUGCCCACCGACAUACGGCAUGUACGCUGUCAGCGCCGACGUGAACGACGUCGGAAUCGUCAAGGUGCCACUCGACGUGGACAAUGGGUUUUCAUUACAACCCGACAAAAUCAAUGAGGCGCUUUCAGCCGACGACAGGAUAAAAAUUGUGUACAUCUGUUCACCGGGUAACCCGACAGCGAACCUGAUAGCGAAAGCAGAUAUCCAAAAGGUUCUCGAACACCCGACGUGGAACGGCGUCGUGGUCGUGGAUGAAGCAUACAUUGAUUUUGCGCCUGAAGGUUCGAGUUUGGCGGAAUGGGUUAACGAGUGGCCCAACCUGGUGGUUAUGCAGACACUCAGCAAGGCAUUUGGUCUUGCCGGUAUUCGUCUGGGAACGGCAUUUGCGAGUGCCGAGAUUGCGACGUUGUUUAAUAGUAUGAAGUCGCCGUACAACAUCCCCAGUCCGACGAGUGUGAUUGCUCAAGCGGCGUUUGCGCCGGCCAAUUUGGCGAUAAUGCAUGAGAAUCGCGCCAAGAUCAUUGAGCAGCGUGAUCGGAUGCUAAAGGAAUUGCCACAAAUCCCUGGAGUUGGACGCUUCCUUGGUGGUCAGGCGUCGAAUUUCCUGCUUGUGGAGAUGCUGAACAAGGAUGGAAAACCGGAUAAUGCGGUUGCGCUGGCUACGUAUGAAGCCAUGGCUGAGAAGAAGGGUGUCGUUGUAAGGUUUCGGGGCAAGGAGCAUGGAUGUGAGGGUUGUUUGAGGAUUACGGUGGGCACGGAAGAGGAGGUGACGAGGUUCUUGAAGGAGUUGAGGGCUGUAUUAGGCAAUUUGCAUUCGAAUACGCCGAUAGCGCCGUCGAGGGAAGCAUAG